UGUGAGUGAUCUUCUCUACUCUGGAGUCGAUUUAUCACUCCACAUAGAUUCUUUAGCGCUCGCCAGUGCUAUCUGUUUCUUUGGAGGCAUUGAAGGAGAUUUUUUUCUUCGAUUUUCUCAAAUGCUCGAUCGGUUUCUCUAGUCUGCAGGGUUUGGAUUUAUUUCUACGCUCACAGGAGUCACACUAAAAUCCAUUACACAAGGAACCAAGGAUUUUUCUCUGAUGUAAAUGCUUUUGAUGCAGUGGAGGAAAGAUCUUUGUUUCAUCACACCUGGGAAGAUCUGGAAGCUUUCGAGAGCAAAUUGGAGCAAUCUAACUGCGACCAAUCCAUCCUCAUCCAGGACAACAGUGCCGAGGAGUUUCUCUCGGAUCCAAGAGCAAAAGAAGAACAGAUCCGACAUACUCGCGGCAUUGAAAGUGUGCUCGAGCUUGCGAGACUUGGAUCGAGGCAAGAGAAUUCACUCGAAAGCGAUCGAGGCCAGCGUCCACACCGACAUCCACGUCGCAACCACGCUGAUCGACAUGUACUGCAAAUGCGGGAGUACCAGCGACGCUCGCAGAGUUUUCGAGUGUAUGAGCCACCGUGACGCCUUCUGCUGGAACUCUCUCAUGCAGGGAUACGUCUCCAACGGUGAUGAAGAGGUUGCUUUGGAGCUCUACGCUUCCAUGCGAUCUUCUUCUCCAGGCUCUUGCUUUCCAAAUUCUCGGACUUUCGUUGCUGCUCUAAUGGCCUGUUCUAGCCUCGCAGAGAAGGAAGAAGGAAAGGUGGUGGAAGGCAAAGUGGUGAAAGCCAGGUGCUUGGAAAGAGGGAUGGCUCUACACGCGGAUGCAAAGGAGGCAGGCUGCGAGUCUCACACUUUUGUGGAGAAUUCGCUGGUGGACAUGUACGCGAAGUGUGGAAGCUUGGCUCGAGCUCGGACGGUUUUCGAGGGGAUGUUUUGCCGGAGUGUGGUGUCAUGGACGGCUUUAAUCCAGGGAUAUGUGGAGCACGGUGAAAGCGAGGUGGGCUUAGAGAUCUUCGAUCGAAUGCUGGAAGAAGGCUGUGCAGCAGAUGCUCGGACUUACGUCGCUGCUCUCACGGCUUGCUCGAGUCUAGCAGCAGCGAGGGAAAAGAAAGAUCUGGACGAAGAAGUCGUGAAGAAAGGGACUGGGAUUCACUCUCGAGCUUCGAAGGCGGGCUGCGACUCGGACUUGUUCGUGGCAACUGCUCUGGUGGAGAUGUACUCCAAGUUUGGGAAGAUGGUGGAAGCCCGAGAGGUUUUCGACAGUAUGAAGCAGCACGACGUGGUUUCGUGGAACUCUUUGAUCCUUGGCUACGCCGAAAACGGGGAACCCGACGUUGCUCUCGAGCUCUUCUCUCACAUGAGCUGUGAAGCCGAUGCCCGAACGAUGGUGGCGGCACUGACGGCCUGUGGAAGCUCGGCAGCGCUGGAAGCUGGCAAGAAAGUCGACGACGAAGCGAAGAAGAAGACGAUCGUAUCCAAGCCAAAGUCUCUGGAGAAGGCUUUAGCUCUGUGCUCUCAGGCCGCGAAGAAAGGCCUGGACUCGCAGCUCUUUGUCGGCAACGCUCUCAUCACGACUUUCGCAAAGUGUGGAAGCAUGGACAACGCUCGCAGGGCCUUCGAGAGGAUCUCCCAGCGCGACGUGGUCUCGUGGACGGCUCUCAUCCUCGGCUAUGCCGACAACGGCGAGGCCGAGCAAGCUCUAGAACUGUUUUCCCGGAUGGAUGCCGAGAGCUGCAACAAAAACGCUCUAACUUACGCUGCCGGGAUCACAUCCUGCGGGAAACUCAUCGCCGCAAACACCACUGCUCGACAGCUCCACGCCCGAAUUUGCGAGUUUGGUUUCGAGAGCAACGCCGCGGUCGCAAGCUCGCUGCUCGAGUUCUACGCCAAGUCUGGAAGGAUAGAGAUCACGCAGCAGAUCUUCGAGACGCUCGACAGGCCUGGAGCUCUCGUUUGGAACUCGCUCCUGGCUGGCUAUAGUCGACAGGGAGACUCCAGUCGAGUUUUCGAGAAACUCUCCUCCAUGCAAGAAGAAGGAUGUAAGGAAAACUCCGGGACGUUCCUCGCCAUCCUCACAGCUUGCAGUCACUCGGGCUUGAUCGACAAAGGCGAGCGCUACUUCCAAGCAAUGUCUCGAGAGUUUGGGAUCCGGCCGGGGAUUGAUCACUACCACUGCAUGGUGGAUCUUUUCGGACGAGCAAACCGGUUUGAUCGAGCGCUGGCCUUGAUCGAAACCAUGCCGGUGGAAGCGGAUGAAGUUACGUGGACGAUCUUGCUGGGAGCGUGUCAAAAGUGGAAGAACGUGGAAGUUGGAAAGAUCGCGUUUGAGAAGCUGCUAAGUUUUGACAGGCAAAGAUCUUCUCCUUUUGUGUUGAUGGGAAACAUCUAUGCGAGCACUCAAGAACAAGAACUUCCCAGAGUAUAGAUACAGUAUCAAUACGAACUUCCAGUACAAUAUUAACACUAAGAAUUCCAAU